AAUGAUGGCUGGAAGCUUAAACUAGAUGAGGGAGGAGCUUGUUAGCCUGGCAUGCAGAGCACUUCAGCACCUCUGGACCGUUUUCAUUUGGGAAAUUGCUUUGGUGGUUUUCACUUCUUUCUAUUCAAUGGACCAAAUAGCACAGACCACCAAUAUAUUCACCACAUUGCAUGAUGAACUAAUUUAGUCAAAAUAAUUGUUCUACAGGGACACAGGAAUCCAACCUCAGUUCAGAAAAUCCCUGCCAUCUGACGUAGGAGGAUUUAUAGGUUUAGUGGAAAUUGCUUUCUCCUGCUCGCCAGAUUACAUACUGCUGGUUGAUUUUUUUUUCUUUUUUGCAUGAGUAAACGUCCUUCUAAUAAGGAACAGACCAAUAAUGUCUUAGGAGAGAAAAAAAAGAGCAUCCAUUUCCUUUCUGCGGUUUCUUGAGAGUGCUGUUUGGAUUGGGAAAUCCACACGGGCUGUACAGAAUAUGAAAUUUGGUGUCUUCCUUUUGUGGUGCGGAUGGGUAUUGGUCGCUGAGAGCCGAAUGCCCUGGCCAGGAAGAGAAGCUCAGGAGAUGGGUAAGAAAGGCAGACCUCAAAGACAGAGACGAGAAGCCCAUGAAGAUGCCCACAAGCAAGUCAGUCCAAUUCUGAAACGGAGCCCUGACAUCACCAAGUCACCUCUGACCAAGUCAGAGCAGCUGUUGAGGAUUGACGACCAUGACUUCAGCAUGAGGCCUGGCUUCGGAGGCCCAGCCAUUCCUGUUGGUGUGGAUGUACAGGUGGAGAGCUUGGACAGCAUCUCAGAGGUGGACAUGGACUUCACGAUGACCCUCUACCUGAGGCACUACUGGAAGGAUGAGCGGCUGUCUUUUCCGAGCACCAACAACCUCAGCAUGACAUUUGAUGGGAGGCUGGUGAAGAAGAUCUGGGUCCCUGACAUGUUUUUUGUGCAUUCCAAGCGCUCCUUCAUUCACGACACCACCACAGACAACGUCAUGCUGCGGGUCCAGCCCGAUGGGAAAGUUCUGUACAGCCUCAGGGUAACUGUGACUGCAAUGUGCAACAUGGACUUCAGCCGCUUUCCCCUGGACACACAAACGUGCUCACUGGAGAUCGAAAGCUAUGCCUACACAGAAGACGACCUCAUGCUCUACUGGAAAAAAGGCAAUGACUCCUUAAAGACAGAUGAGCGGAUCUCACUCUCUCAGUUCCUCAUUCAAGAAUUUCACACCACCACCAAACUAGCAUUCUAUAGCAGCACAGGUUGGUACAACCGUCUGUACAUCAAUUUCACAUUGCGCCGCCACAUCUUCUUCUUCUUGCUCCAAACCUAUUUUCCUGCCACCCUGAUGGUCAUGCUUUCCUGGGUGUCCUUCUGGAUCGACCGCAGAGCUGUGCCAGCCAGAGUCCCCUUAGGCAUCACAACGGUGCUGACCAUGUCCACCAUCAUCACAGGAGUGAAUGCCUCCAUGCCCCGUGUGUCCUACAUCAAGGCCGUGGACAUCUACCUGUGGGUCAGCUUUGUGUUUGUGUUCCUCUCAGUGCUAGAAUAUGCAGCUGUCAACUACUUGACCACCGUGCAGGAGCGGAAGGAACGGAAGCUGCGGGAGAAGCUCCCCUGCACCUGUGGGCUACCACAGGCCCGUGCAGUGAUGCUGGACGGCAGCUACAGCGAUGGCGAGGUGAAUGACCUGGGAAGCUACAUGCCUGAGAAUGGAGAGAAGCCUGACCGGAUGAUGGUGCAGCUGACCCUGGCCUCAGAGAGAAGCUCCCCACAGAGGAAAAGCUCAAGAAACAGCUACGUGAGCAUGAGGAUCAACACCCAUGCCAUUGAUAAAUACUCCAGGAUCAUUUUUCCAGCGGCGUACAUUUUAUUCAAUUUAAUAUACUGGUCUGUUUUCUCAUAGAUGCCUGUAAUUCUGAAGUCUCAUAUUCUUCCUGGUAUGUACCAGAGAAAUUACCUGUAGGAUGAGGAAAAAAAAUGGUUUUAAAAAAAUAACCCUAUACCCUCCUGUAUUUUUAUUAUCUCUUGUCUAGGUUUCCAAAGUGGCACUGACAAGACAC